GGGGGCGCCACCGGGGCAGGGUAUCUUUGUAGGCGCGCUGCUGUCCAUGAGCAGUACGGCAGUGGUGGUCAAGUGCCUGGAGGUGAUGCGGUCCGGCAGCUCGGCGUACGGACAGAUCACCGUGGGGACGCUGCUGCUGCAGGACUGUAUGGUGGGCCUCAUGUUUGCUCUGCUGCCGGUGUUCCAAGGAGUCCCGGCGGCGCCACCCAGCGGGCUAGCUGCCGAUGCGGACGCCGCGGAGGCCAAGGGGCGAGUGGUGCUGAUGGUGCUGUCGGUGCUGCUCAAACUCAGCUUAGCGGUGGCAGCAGCGCUGGCGGUCGCCAAGACGCUGCUGCCGCCGCUGCUGCGACUCAUGCAGCGACAGGCCUCCCGCGAGCUCAUUCAGCUCACCCUGGUUGCCUUCUGCUGCGGCAUCUCGUGCUUCAGCCACACCAUGGGGCUAUCCAGCGAACUAGGCGCCUUUGUGGCCGGAGUCAUGGUAUCCGUGGCGUUAGGGCCCGGACCCCACCCGCAUGGCCACCAUGCUGCCACGUCGGGCGGUUCCGGAGCCGCCAUCGGCAGCGCAGUUGUAUCUGGAAUCAGAUCGCAUGAAUCCAUUGGAGGGGCGGCGAUUAUGGGAUCAAUGGCGCCUAUGGCGGGCAUGGGUCCCCUUCCGCCGUUGAAAUCGGAUUUGAAAGGCGUGGCAAGCGGCAGCGUUAGCAGCGCGAGCGGAGCAGUGACCCACGGGUCAUCUGGCGAUGAGGGGGUGGAGCUCCGGUCGAUCGCAGUGAAGUCUAGGAAUAGCGAUGGGGAUAUGGAGUGGGCGUUGGAGCAGCCGUCAGAGCGGGAGAGGGAGAAGGAGCGUGAGCGGCACCGGACGAGGGACGUCGUGGGAGCGCAUGCGGCGUAUUACAGCAUAGAAAGCGCCCGCAAUGUGCUCGUGGCGCUGUUUAUGGCUAGCAUUGGCCUCAUCAUGUCGCCCAGGUUCCUGUUUGAGCACCUGGGCGUGUUGACGAUUGGAGUGGGGCUGGUAGUGCUGGUGAAGGGGGCGCUGGUGGCGGCGGUGGUGCGGGGCUUCUCAGUGGGGCUGCGCACGUCGGUGGCUGUGGGCCUCUCCAUGGCGCAUGUGGGCGAGUUCGCCUUUGUACUGCUGAGCCACGCCGUACAGACCGGAGUGUUGCCGCUACAGGUGUACAUGCUGUUGCUGGGUAUCACGGCUCUCUCGCUGCUCACCACGCCCUUCAUCGUGCUGCUCGCCAUGCACUGGGUGCUGCCCAAGGACGCGCUGAAGGACGUGUUGGGGGCCGGAGGAGGGCUCUCGUCCGCAACCGGCUCGCAGUCGGCGCUGGCGCCCGCUGGAGCCCCGGCGAGGCGGAUGCUGUAGCCCUGGCCGCCUUCCUGCCUGUGAUACAGCAAUCCAGGCGCAUGCAGCAUUCCAGGUGCUUGCAGCAUUUCCCGUCCUCUUCACGAAUACGCGCCGACAGGCGCAUGCAGCAAUUCCAGUCCUGUUUGUUAACGGCCGCCAACAGGCGCAUGCAAGUAUUGUUGGCUUGCAUGCGAGCAGCAUGGAAAGGCGAGAGGGAAGGAGUGUCGUGAGCACAUGCGGGGGACGAUUUUCUCCAUCAUUCCCGCAUACACACCUUUGCAUCAUGUGCAUUGCGGAAUAUCUUUGUGGAUUCAUGCCCCGUGUGCUUGGCAUGUUGGCAUGGGGUUGCACCUGCGGCCGUAUUUAGUUGCCGUACUUGAUGCAUGGUAUCCAUUCUGCCGUACGGUAUCCUGCCGGUGCUUCCUAAAGUAUGGUAUGAGGUGCGGAAGAGCUACGUGAUUUGCGUAGGUCCGAUCGUUAGCCGCAUAUGGUCCAAGGGUCGCGUAUGGGCUUAUCAGGUGUUGGGGAUGCUAGUGGGGUUAGCUUAUUGGGCUUCUUUGGUAGUUGCUUAGAUAGCAGUUUGUCUAUUGCACCAUCGCGCGAGGCUAUGGUUGCAUGUUGCAGUGUUGGGGCACCGUUUCAAGUUGCUUUACUAGCAUGUGCUUUGCAUUUUGGUCAUGGAACGCACUAUUGAGCAGUGCUAGUUGUUGCCCUGCGAAUGGUCUUGGGUACUGACUAUAUGGGCCGCUAAGCCAUCCAUUGUGUUAUUUGCCUUUGGACCGAGCUGCUGACAUCGUAGCGCUUAAUGCCUCGCGCAGGCCUUUCACCCUGUGCUCGCCUCACCUAACAGACGAACGCGUUAGUGUCAAUCGUAAUGCAGUAGCAACGAAGUGUUUAUGUCGUCCUUAGUGUAGUUGCUCCCAAUGACAGUAGCUGGCGUGUUGGUCGGUGGUUCCGCUGGAUGGAUUGGUGGGGAGGAGGCGGCAGGUUGCGGACUCAAUCGAACGUUGUACAUAUUUAUGCAGUAGUUCGUAGUCGACAGGGAACGCGAAGGCCGCGUGAA